AAAUGAGAUUGUAACCUCAAAAAAUAAAUGUACUCGUGUAAGUACAGAAUGUUUGACAGUGGCAUAAUAUUUAUAUUUAUUUUCUAAGAAAAAUGAGUUCCUUAGUUAUUGAUGUUUUGCUAACAGAUUCAACAGGCAAAAUGAAUGCUGUUGAAUUGAAAAAGAAAGUGAAUGAAAUAGAAAAAAAAAUAGUUAAGUUAAAAAGUGACGUUAAAGAAUUUAUUGAAGAUAAUUAUAUAAAUUUUUUACCAACCCUCCAAAAUGACUACGUUUUGGUUGAUAAAAGUCGAAAACUCAUUGAAGAAAUAGGACUCUUGAAAUCAAAGAUUGACGAUCAGAUCAAAGUUGAAUUAUCUGGGUCAAUAAAAGAGUUAAAAAAUUUGUCUCAAGCGUUGAUCGCUUGCAAUUCGAGUCUUUACUUGUCUGCAAAGUUACUGGAACUUGAACAGUUUACCAAGUCGGUUGACAAACUGCGGCAAAAUAAAGACUAUGUCGAAGCGGCUAGAGUAUUACAAAAAAUAGUUGUUCUGCUGACGGACGAAGAGUCUCAUGAUGAUUUACAGAUGCUGAACAUCUACUCGGCAAUCAAAGAGAAUUACCAGCUUACGUACAGAUCUCUCUUGUCGACCGUACUGAAACUCUGGGAGGAACACGUUAUCUGGGCAGCCAGCGAUGAUGAUAAAAACUCUAAGACUAAUAAUGAUACCAGUAGCGUGAGCCUGACGAUUGAUUGCGAUCCUGAUGAAAUAAAAAAUAUUAUACAAGCUCUAUACUACUUGUCAGAACUUCCAUUGUGUCUCGAGCACUUUUCUACUAAAUUAAUGAAGUUAAUAAUCAAACCAAUAAUUAGCGCCGAGUGUUCAGUGUUUGUUCUCGAUGAGAAAGUCUUCAACGUUGUAACUUCUAAUGAGAAAAAAGAAAUACCGUCGUACAAAUCCAUUUUACAUAAUUUAAAAAUGCUGUUUCAAUUUAUUUAUCAGCAUUUAAAUGUUAUUAUCGAUGACAAAAUGUUUAUAAGCCGCCUGAAUGAGCACUUGUGGACACAAUUGUCAGAAUAUUUGCUAAACAAUUGUAUAAAUGACAUUAUUCCCAGCUCAAGUGUUGAACUGAAUAAUUUUAAAAGUAUUGAGGAUGACAUUCACGAAUUUGAACAAUAUUUGGGAGAGAUAGGUUUUAUUACUCAAGAACAAUUAGUUAUUUCUAACUAUAUUAAAGAUAUAGAUAAGUUGUAUAUUGCUAAAAUAUGCCAGGAAUUUUUAGUAAAAGCCAGUCAGCUUGUUAAAAAAAAUUUGCAUGAUUCUUUCAAGUAUGAUCACCAUGUUAACGAAAAAUUGGAAAAAGAGUCUGAUGAAAUAGUUAAUUGUACGCUUAUAAAUGCACAAACUGAACGUCAUUUAAACAAAAAUACAUUUAUUUUACCGGCUUGUCAAAUAAGUGCCAGUGCUAGAGAGCUAUUGCAACUUGUACAUGAUAUUCUUAAUGAGGCGGUACUUAAUUCGGAAAAUUCAACUGAUGCUGCUGCUAAAUUAUACUACACUAGUCGCAAUGUUAUUGAGCAUUAUGUUUGGACAGUACCUGAGUAUCAUAAAAAAUUUUUAGAAACUAUUCCUCAACAAGUUGCAUUAUUUCAUAACAACUGCAUGUACCUGGCUCAUAAUUUAAUGACACUUGGCCAUGAGUAUAAAGCAAAAUUACCAAAAUUAAAAAAUCACAACAUUACAUACGUUGAUUUAACAUUAAAACUACGAAAUAUCGGCUCUCAAACUUUCCUCAAUCACGUUAAAUAUCAACGUGGUAUAAUAACAGAUAUUAUUAAAGAUUCAGGAUUAUCUCAAUUGGCUCAAAAUCAAUUGCCUUCGUCAUCGGGAGUUGAGCGUGCAUUGAGACAGUGCAUUCGACAAUUGGAGUUGUUAAAAACGGUUUGGUUUAAUGUACUGCCUAUAAACGUCUAUCACAAAACACUUGGCUGCAUAUUGAACUCAAUGAUCGAAGAUUUAAUUUGCAAAGUGACUAUACUGGAAGACAUAUCGGCCGACGCAGCUACUGAGCUUGUAAAUCUUUUUAACAUGGUUGUCAAGAGAGCUCCAUUAAUUUUUUCGGAAGAAAAUUCGGUCAAUCGCUAUGUUAAAAAGUGGCAAAAAAUGUUGGAAUUGAUAAAAGUACUUGAGGCUUCGCUGAAAGACAUUGAGAAACGCUGGGCAGACGGCAAAGGUCCUCUAGCACGCGAGUUUUCGGCGAGUCAAGUCAAACAGCUAGUUCGAGCACUUUUUCAAAACACAGAAAGAAGAUCUGCGUUACUAGCUACUAUUAAAUGAUUAUAAAUUAUUAUUAUGAUUAACUACUCUAUAAAUUUUGUACAAUUUAAAAUAAAAAAUUUAUUUAAAAAUUUUAAUUGGUUCGUCGGAAGAUAAUUUAGGCAUCGAGGUAAAUGGACGGUAAUUAAUAGUCAUUUAAUUAAUUUUUUUUUUCGACUAAUAAGCAUUGAUAUUUUUUUUUUUUAUUUUUAUUAGAUUUUUUUUUUUUAUAAAAUUCUCUUAAUUUUGGCGUAUUAAAAAUGUGAUUCUAGAUUUGUUUUAUCCUUAAAGGCAGAGAUAAGUGUAAAGUAUAACUACCAAAAAAAGUAUAAGAUGAAUGUUUAAUGGAAUAAACGUAAUAUGAAAAAUAGAUUUUUAAGAAAGUGUAACAUACACCGUACGACUAAUUGUGUAUAUAAUUAACUUAAUUAAUUGAUUGAUUAGAUUGUUGUUACAAUAAUAUCUGUAUUACUCAUUUUUUUUUGUUUUUUUUGUUUUUUUUUUUUUUUUUUUUUUGUUUUUUUUUUUUUGUAUAUAUACACGUAGCUGUGUAGAUUGGCCAGAACAACGGGUGGUAGUGGUAGUCAUCGAGGGGGCAAGCAAGAAGUUGAUGAUUUAUAAUUAUUUGCCACUCUUAUUGCAGUGGUAACGUAGAACUCGCAGGUGAAACUCUUUUACGUGCAUUCACGAAGAUGACGAUGACUGUGAACAUUGAAGCGUACAAGGAUUUUUUU